AUGGCAUUGCAUGAAGCAACGACAACUGGAAAAAAAGCAAGCUCUAAAAAGUAUUUGUGUUGUGUUUGUAAUGAAACACACAGAGAUUACAUGUGGGGUAUUGCAUAUCAUUUGAAUCAAACAGGUGGCAUGUUUGCCACCAUCACUGAAAGAAGAUUUGUUUCUCCUGGUUGGUGUUGUCAAAUUAAAUACAGAAACCUUUGUAAUUACUAUUCCGAAUGUGCAGAAAAGAAGGAAAUUAAUUCUACUUCUUCAUUCAAAUUUGUUGAUUUGUCGCCAUGUGUUAAAUUUCAAUCCAAACCUAAAAUUGAUGGUCCAGAUUAUAUAAUUGCAUCUUUGGAAAGAUUGAUUGAUUUUUUAGAUUCAAAUUCCGUUUGUAAAGAAUGUAAAUGUUAUGGAGCUCUUCAAUGCACAAAUUAUCAGCAGAAAGGGUUUGAUUCAUUAUUAUCAUUCGAAUGCUUCAAUUGUAAAAACAAAUUAAUUCUAAAUUCUUCCUCUAAUUUAGAAGGUUCCUCUCGCCAAGUCCUUUCCAAAAAAUUAAUUUGUGCAUCCCAAUUCAGUGGAAUCAAUGUUGAGCAAUUAUUUAAUGCUUUUGAUCUUACUGGUCUUCCACAUUAUAGCAAUCAAAGUGCAGUGUAUGAGGUAACAACUAAUAUUUGGGAUAAAGUUACAGAGCUAACAGAUGAAGCGUUAUUAGAAAAUCUUAAAUAUAUGGGCCUGAUGAAAUUAAUGGCUGAUGGACUUAGUUUUUUUGGUGUGACAAUGAAUAUGAAAGAAAACAGACUUGAAUCACAAUGUUUGAUAAUUAAUAAUCAAUAUUAUUAUCUUCCACAAGAAAUCAUGUUGAUUAUUUGGUCAUUCUAUCCCAAAAAGAAAUAUAUUCCUCUAUACAUAUCCAUAGAUGGGAGAUGGUCAAAAGCAAGAAACGCAAAUGAAUGUACUGUUGCUGCUAUUGAAUCAUGUUUUGAUCUUAUUGUUCAAAGGUAUAACACAAUAAGAGAUAGAAUUUCAAGAGAGGGAAAUUUCAAAGGAGCAAGCAAGUGUGCAGAAGGUAAUGGUGUUGAUCAUAUAAUGGAUUGGAUUGUGAAUCAAAUAUUUGAUCUUUUUGGUGAAAAGUUCUAUUUUGAAGUAAGAAGUUUUGCGCAUGAUCAUGAUGGUUCUACACGAAAUAUUAUUCAUGAACAUUUUCCAAAUGCUCAGGAAUAUUUAGAUGUAAAUCAUAAGGGAAAGAAUAUUGCUAAACAUGUUGCUGGAAUAGCAAAAGGUUGGGGUACAGUUGUUUCAGUAGCAUUCAAAGUAGCUGUAACAGUCGCUGAUAAUAAUACGAAUAUUCUAAAAACAAUUUUGAAUGCAUAUGUAGAUCACUGGUGUGGAAAUCAUGAUAAGUGCUAUGGAGAUGGAUGUAAAUCUUCCAAACCGAAAAUUGAUCCAAACAAUACAGAACUAAUUGAAAAACUGAAGAAAGUAUUUACAGAACUUGCUGAAAGUGCAGACUCCUAUAAAAAAAGUGCUCACACUCAAUCCAAUGAGUCUCUAAAUAAUAGUAUGUGCAAGUUUGUUUCAAAAAGAUAUGAUUUUUCAAAAUCAUAUUCAGGAAGAGUGGAUUUAGCAGUGCUAUUUCACACACACGGACACAAAUCAUUCAUAACCUUAAUGAAACAAUUAAAUGUUCCCCUCAGUGAAUAUUCUAUGUAUAAAUUAUCUAAGAAAGAUGCUAAAGGGUUGUGGCAUAGAGAAAGGAAGUUGUCUGUUGAAUAUAAAGGAAAAAGGAAAGCCAAUAAGGAGAAUCAUAAGAAAUUGCACAAAAAAGUAAUUGAAAAUUAUGAAUACAAGAAAGGUGAUCCAGAGUUUACAGAAGAAACUCAACAAUCAACACAAUUAAUAAUUUCCGAAAAAGAAAUCCACCAUCAAAGAAGAAGAAAAUAG